AUGCGGUCUUUGCAGCUGGAACUGAUACAGUUGCAUCAAGUUUAACAUGGCUUUGUGCUACUUUGGCUAAUAAUCCAAAAGUUCAAGCUAAAGCUCAUCAAGAACUUGAUCGAGUAGUUGGUCAUUCUCGUCUGCCAGAAGUUUCUGAUGAACCAAAUCUUCAUUAUAUACGUGCUAUAAUUAAAGAAGGUCAAAGAUAUUGUGCGCCCAUUUAUCUUGCUUUACCUCAUGGCAUUGAAGAAGAUGACGAAUAUAACGGAUAUCAUAUUCCAGCAAAAUCCAUUAUUAUUUUAAAUCAAUAUGGUAUUCAUAUGGAUGAAAAAAGAUAUGAGAAUCCUAAUGAAUUUAAACCUGAAAGAUUUUUAGGUGUUACAGAGAGUAGUGCAGCUUUAGCAAAUGGAAAUUAUGAAAGUAGAGACCAUUUCGGAUUUGGUGCUGGAAGAAGGCUCUGCGCUGGAAUUCACUUGGCUGAGAAAGAACUUUUCUUAGGAGUCUCUUAUCUUUUAUGGUGUUUUAGAAUAGAAAAUGCGUCACCAUUAGGCAAGGAUG